AGCCUGCUCACAGACAUAUACGCGCAAAAUCUUCCGCCGCACCCUCGCGCCACUGACACGGUCAAGCGCAAGCUUGAAGAAUGGGAGUCAGUCGGUAGGGAGCACAUGCUGGGCAAGAAGGCGAAGUAUGGCAUUCUACCACCGUCAAUUGGCGGGGAGAACGCCAACUACAUCACACGCAUGAUGGAGAAAAUGCCUGAUGAAUUAGCCAGUGAUGAUAGGGUUGUCGACCCCCAAUUAAAGAGGCUCUUUGACAACCUGCAGGGGGGUAUACCGCACAUAGAUCUGAGUAUGCAGAUGCUGCCUAACUCGCCGUCCCUAUUCCCGGAUACGUCCAUCAAUAAUCAGCGCCCGACCAACGCCAGUCAACUUGGCCAGAUCAUCCUUCAAGAACCUUACACAAGUAAUUCGAUGGGCCUCGUAGCAUCCGACGGCAAGCGUAGCGUGACCGGAUCAAAAUCUUCCAACUUCAGUCAAAACGGCGAUUCAUUGCCGGCCGGCUACGAGUACGGAUCUCCAGUCUACCAUUCACCCUUCAAUAGCAGCCAAGAUCAGGGUCUGAAUCAUCAGACUUCAAACCAAAACCAAAUUCAGUCAAACUUCGUCCACCCAGCAACUAAGAGCCGUGUAUCUAUCGACGACAACCAUCCCCUCACUCACUCGAGAACUUCGCUCGUGGACCCAAACAGUAUGCAGUCGCAUUUUGGGGCCCGAUACUCUACAAGGACGAAUGGCGCUGGUACUCUGGGAUAUGCUGACUUGCAAGCGUUGAACCAGCAGGCAUCCCCUAGCCUAUCUGUAGGUGCCGGUAGCUACAUGGGUGUGCCGAGGAGUGAUUCGAUACCACAGCAACUGCAGCAUCCUCAGUCAAGGGGCCAAGGCAGCCAAGCCUCGCUUGAACUUGGCGGAUUCUCUAGAGACUCUUCGGUGCCUGACUUAAAGAAUUCCGUAUCGCCUGUCGCAAAGGGUUCGGGAGUAGCCCACACUACUUCUGACGUGAAACCGACUGUCACGGGGCGAAAGUCAUCCAAGAGCCUGGACGGUAAAACAAGCGCCAGACAAUCGGCACAAGGGGACGGGGACGGGGACGGGUCGGUCAAGGAGGAACAGUACCGAACUGAAUCGCACAAAGCUUCGGAGCAACGCAGUCGCACACGUCUCAAGGAUAGCAUCAAUGAGCUGGCCACAACUGUGCCUACACUCGUGAAUGUCAAGAACCCUUCCAAAGCGCAUAUCAUCAAGAAGGCCACCGAGUUUGUGCACGAUACCCAGAAGACUAAUGUCGAACUGCGGUUAGAGCAUGAAAAGCUGAAGAGCGAGCUGGCUGCGCUGCAUUUGAAACAUAUGAAAUCGAUGAAUACCAUGAAUAUGGGGAACAUCAUCACUGUUGAGAUUCUGUCGAAGGACUUCACGUACAUAUUCGUAGAUCACAUGUGGGAGGUGUUUCUCGGUUACUCUAGGAGCGAAGUGCUCGGAAAGACGUUCAAGGAUAUCUCAUCGUGUAGGAAUUGUGAGUUGAUGCUGAAGAGGUCGAUGGAGAUACACGAGACCAUGAGAAAAAAACAAGUGUGGCGUGGUCUCAUCCUGUCGAAGCGAAAAGAUGGUCAGGCAUUCUGUUGCGACACCACGAUAACUCCGGUACUGGAUGACAGUGGCGAUAUUUUACAGUUCGUCGUCAACAGAAAGAAGUUUCACAUACUUAAUGGAGUGGAUUGCCAGAAUAUAUGCAGAGGUAUCAUGCCUGAGCCGAAACUCACAGACGAGGAUGAGGACAAUCCAUCGACAGCGAAAUUGAUGAUCGAAGAAGCCAUUUUCGCUACAGAAAAGGCAUAAGAGCUGGGGCAUGUAAAAAAUUACGCUGGAAAACUUUGGUGUAGCAUACUGGAAGAUCCGUCGCCUUCAAUUAAUCGAAUGUUUUGUGGAAUACCACGACAUAAUAAAGUUAUCCCAACUCGCGCUG